AGGAAGUGGAUGAUGUGUAUGUUUUGUUGUUCUAUCUGUACACAGCUUUACUGCGGUAAUACGUUCUUUCUGUACAGGAAUGUGAGAACAGGUCUGCCGCUUUUUAUGUGGUAAUAUUCCCUGUAGUAAAGGGUUUACUCUGGAAAGCCCUGUGAGUGUUUUACACUACUUGUUAGUAAGCUUUCAGGUCGGAAGUUGGUUAACGGAGCGGCAAUUUUGGGCUUCCAGCUGUCAUGUUGACAGGCGGCUGUCGACUCUCCUCCCUGGGGUGAGGCGUUACAUGGAGCGCCUUAUGACCGGAGGAUGGAGGAUUUAACAUCUGACUAUCAUGGCUGCUGUGACGGUGUGGCGUUACACCAGCGUCCGUGUCCUCGGAGGAUGGGGGCCGUUGCUGUGUGUCCUGCUCGGCUCUCUGGUGGCCCUGCUGAUGCCCCUGGUGGGGGUGGAAGACGAAUGCUGCGCUGCACUGAAGGGCAUUGCUCAAAUACGCUGCCAGCUGUGGGGAAGCUCCCAUCAAACUCCAGCUGUUCAGUCCACCAGCCUCACUGUCCCCUUCACCGCUCUUGAUGUCCUGCCACAGAGAGCCAAACCGAAUAAAGAGAUGGUGAUUGAAGCCAAAGCAGCACUGCAGCAGGCUCUGGAGAUGAAGAAAUUGGGGAAAAGGGAGAAAGCCCAUAAGCUGCUGGUGCAUGCACUCAGUAUGAAUCCAGACUUUGUGGAUGCCCUGACUGAGCUGGGGACUAUUUUGGAAGAGGAGAAGGAUGUGAUCCAGGCAGACCACCUCUACACCAAAGCCUUGGCUAUUUCACCAUGCAAUGAGCGGGCACUGAUCAGCCGUGACCGAACUCUUCCCUUGGUGGAGGAGAUUGACCAGCGUCACUUUGGCAUCAUUGAUAGUAAAGUGCGCAGGCUGAUGUCCAUUCCUAAAGGUAACUCAGCUCUAAGACGAGUGAUGGAAGAAACCUACUACCACCACAUCUACCACACAGUGGCCAUUGAAGGAAGUACACUCACUCUAUCUGAGAUCAGACACAUCAUUGAGACACGCUAUGCCGUCCCUGGGAAGAGUCUCCAGGAGCAGAAUGAAGCCAUUGGUGUGGAUGCGGCAAUGAAGUACAUAAACACCACUCUGUUGUCUAGAACAGGAGCUAUUACUGUCAGCGACAUCCUGGAGAUCCACCGCCGUGUGCUUGGCUAUGUGGACCCUGUAGAGGGAGGGAGGCUGCGCACCAACCAAGUCUUUGUGGGCCACCAUAUCCCACCCCACCCACAGGACCUGGAGAAACAUAUGCAGGAGCUAGUUCAGUGGCUCAACUCUGAGGAGGCCCUGCAGCUGCACCCUGUGGAGUAUGCAGCCCUCGCCCACUACAAACUAGUGUAUGUACACCCAUUUGUAGAUGGCAAUGGACGCACAUCACGACUGCUGAUGAAUCUAGUGCUCAUGCAAGCCCGAUACCCACCUAUUACUAUUCGAAAAGAACAGAGAGCUGAAUAUUACACAGCUCUGGACACUGCAAAUGAAGGUGAUGUUCGGCCUUUCAUUCGAUUUAUAGCCAAAUGCACAGAGAUCACUUUGGACACACUGUUAAUUUCAACAACAGAGCAUGCUGUAGGGCUACCAGGAGCCAGCAAGCAUCCCGCCUGUCCAGAAUGCAAACAGACCAUCCCAGUCCGCAACUGACAUGGACUGAGAUGUAGAACGGAGCUUAACAUGAUAUUGUGCAGUAUUAGUUCUUGCACUGAUUACAUCAGUGUAAAAACUAAUGUAUAUUGGUUGACUCAUGUUGUCCCAUGGACAUAUCCUACUUUGUGGGUUUUUUACCUGGUUCCACUCUGCCAAAUAAUGAAUUAGUCUAAGCCUGAUUUUGCUGCAUGGGUUUGCUGACAUGUUUUUUCCUGAACAUUUUUAGUUGUUAUGGUACCAUAGGAGGCAUUUCAGUUGCUAUCUUAACUUUGACUACUGGUGAUGUGAAAUGUAAAAAAGCUUUCAUGUUGUUUAACCUGAGAUACUUCAGUGAUUUUCACUGACAUUGUGUAGUGUUAAUGGACAUUUCGUUGUCUUUGGGGUAAAGAUUUCUCACAACACAGUUGAGCACUUUGAUGUAUUUGAUUAUUUAUUUUAUUUUAAAAUAAAACUGUCUGAUUAACCUUCAAGAAUGAAAAACCUUGUCCGUGAUAUAAUAGGGUGAACGAUUAUAUAUGACUUUAAACAAGUUUUAGACCAGAAAAAAAGGGAUGAGAUGCUUCUUUUUUUUCAGGAUAAAAAGGAAUAAAACAAGCAGGAAAUAAAUACGCAAUUAAACAAACCAAAAAUACCCAUAUAGUAUUUACUUCUACACCAAACUGAAAACAGUGAUUAUAGAAAUGAUACAAAACAACAGCAAUACACACAAUCACAUACACACUUUUUUAGUAUUGGACAUAAAACUAAAGAUGACUUCUAGAGACCAACAUAUGUGUAUCUUCUAAGUUUAGGCCACUGUGGUGAUAGCAAUACAUAUAGCUUGUAUUCCAUGUUUUGAAAACUUAGAAAUUUGUUACAAACUAUGGUAACUUUUUUUUGAAAUUACAACACUGAAUAUUUUAUACACAAACAGAAUCUUCUUUAUCCAAACAGGCCAAGUGGACCAUGGUAAACAGAAACCACACCAUCUGAGUGAAUCUGAUAUAUGGGAGAGAAGAAAUGGAGAAAAACUGCAUAGAAUCUUUUGUACCGAAUGAGCUGCAAAUCUAAAUAGGUAUAGAUG